CUCAGCUCUUCUUUCGGUCUCGCAGUCUGCUCGACUCUUUCCUCCAGAUCUGCAGCCGCCGCCAUGGUGCUAUUUCCGUCUUCGCUUCCAUCACCACCGGUUCCAUCGCCGCAUCCAUCUCCGUCGUCUCGGUCGCCCCAUCCAUCGCCUCCAUCUCUGCCAUUACCUCCGCCUCUGCCAUCGCCUCCGCCUCCCACCGAUCAACUUCUUCAUCUAAAGGUUGGGAUGUAAGGCGACGGAAGGGCACGUGGCCAGGAGUAUUGCGCGAUUUGGAUGAAGGUGGUUGCAGCGGUAAGCAGAAAGAGGAGGCCGUCGAUAGGAUCUGGGGUUGGGAUGAACCGCCAUGGUAGCGGCGGCGGUCACCGCAUAGAGGUUUUUGUUUGACAGAUGUUGGCGGAUGCACUGGAUCUGUUGCGGCAGUGGUGGCCAACAGGGCAUUUGGGUUUGUUGGGGCCGGCGUCUUUUUUGGCGGUGGUUGACGGCGGUGAUGUUCUGUCCAUGGCGGUGGUUGGUUGUGAUGGUGAAGGCAGUCAGCGGUGGUGUGUGGCGGUGGUUGGUUGUGAUGGUGAAGGCAGUCAGCGGUGGUGUGUGACGGUGGUUGGUUGUGAUGGAAAAGGCAGUCAACGGUGGUGUAUGGUGUCACUGGUGUACAACGCUUCGGGUCAAUAUGUCUGGUCCAUGGCCAUAGGUCACUGGGGUUGGGUCAUUGGUCGUUGGGUCACUGGAUGCCGGGUCACUAGGGUUGGGGUCAUUGGCCGUUGGGUCACUGGGUGGCGGGGCCACUAAGGGUGAUGAGGUCACUGGUCGGCUGGCCCGCAGGUCACUGUGGCUUUGGCCGGCAGGUCAAUGUGGUUGGCGGCAAGGUUGGUCACUGUGACCUACACCAUUUCAAUUUUUUGUCACUGGACAAAAGUCACUGCACAUUUGGUCACUGUGAUGCGGGUCAUUGGGGACGUAUUAAUUUUUGGUCACUGGAUGAAUUUUGUAACUAUGUCAUUGGUAACUGUAACAUUGGUCACUGUGACGGGUUACUGUAGCAGGCCAGUGGGUUUGGGCUUAGUAAGGGUGUAAUAGUCCCUUAAGUAUUAUUUAGUCUUAGUUUUGGAACUUAAAAGAAAAGUCUCUUUUUUUGUCCAAAUGCUUUUAAUUAGUAUUAUUUGAGGACAAACCCCAUCAAAAAUGAUGGAAAACACAAUUCCAAGCCCGCAAAAACUGAAACAUCGGCGGAAGAAAAGAAGAAAAACAGAAGAAACGUUGCAACAAGUUUGACUGAAACAAAAGGAAACAGAUCUAGAGUACAGGCAAAAUGGACGGAAAUAAUAUUUUAAAGCCGGCAAAAAUUGAAAGGAGAUCAGUGAAAGAAAAGAAGAAAAGAACAGAGCCGGCAGUAAAAUCGACGGAAACAAAUUCUAUGCGGGCAAAAAUUGAAAGGAGAUCGGAGGAAGAAAACAGCCGAGAUGGUGAAUGAAAAGAAUAGACCCCGGAGACUACUUCACCAACCAGCGGCAGGCCACUCCGGCGAUGAGCUGCGGCAGAGCGGAAGUGAAAUCUGCAUAUCUCCAACGAGAGGGAUUACUGCAGCCGUUCUCCAGUGGCCUUCUUUGAUGGCAAAACAUGAAUAUAAUGAAUGUUCGUGUCCGUCGCCGCUAUGGAUUUGGAUCCUCUGCCGCACGGUAGAGGUGCCUUGCGGCAAUCCAACAGCAAGCAACAAAGAAGAAGAGAGCUGCACGGUAGUGAAGAGUGAAUCGCGUGGCUGUAAUAGCCCCGCACUGCCAAAGCCAGGCAGAGAAUCCCGAUCCUGCUGCUAUACUAGUACUGAGGGCACUUUUGUCCUUCUGUCCAAAAUUAGUGCUAUUUGGGUAUUAAAAACUAGAGAAUCCUAUUUAAGUUCCAACCAUUACUUUUGAUCCUAUUUAAGUCUUCCUCCCAAAAAACUUUAACUUCAAUAUAUUCCCAUCCGUGGGUGCAAUUGUAACUUUCUUAAUGAACUGUACUAAUUAACUCGACUACAUAGCUGAUGAUGAGUGGAU